AUGGUGAGGGGAGAUGAUCUAGCACCUGGCGUAGCGUCCGCCUCACCUUCCCCCUCCCCUUCCCAUUCCCCCAUACCUUCGCCGUCCGCCCGCGCCGCCGCAUGGAUGCCCCGCUCCGCUUCCGCCGCGCCCAUCGUCCACUCCACCCCCCCGCUUCCGCGCCCUCCCCCGCCCCAUCCGCUUCAGCGGGAAGCUUUCGCGGAGCACCCGGCGGAGGAUCCCGAGUCGCCCCCGCCGCCUCCGCCGCUUUACCCCUUCGGCGCGGCGCAAGCGCCGGGCGUGCUGACGUUCGUGUGCGAAACGCCACGUGGCUUCGCGGGGAGACAGGAGGUGAAGGGAUGGGACGCGCAGGGGAACGUGCAGCUGGGGCGGUAUAUGUACUUCCCCAAAGAAACUCCGUGGCAUUAUGGGUAUUUACCCCAAACCUGGUGCGCGCACGACCGAGGAGCUGCGCCCCACAGGCGCACCGGCGGGGGGGUGGGUGGGGGGAGCUACGGCGGAAGUUUCGGCGGAAGCGGAGACAUUGGUUUAAGCGCUGGUGUGCUGUGGGGUGGGGCAGAUCGGAUGGCUGAAGGGGAGGGGUACGGUGGGGCUGGCGGCAGCGGCGGUGGAGGAGAGGUGGAGCGAGUCGCAAUGAUGCGACGGGGGUAUAGCGUUGAUGUCGGGGAAUCGUACCCGGUGCGCGUGCUCGCAGCGAUUUGCGUGAUGGAAGGGACACGUCAGCCGAAGCCGUCGUGGAAGAUCGUGACGAUCGCGGCCACGGAUCCGAUGGCUGAUCUGAUGACACGUGUCUCGGAAGUGAGCAAAGGCGGCGGGACGUUAGGGGAUGUGCUGAGGGACGUGCAUCGGGAUCUCAAGGCUCUCGUGAACGCGAAAGCAGACCUCCCGCGCUCACAGGAGCAAGCCAUGGGGGUGGACGGAGCAACGAGCAUAGUAUCCCAAGCGCAUGCCAAAUGGACCGAUUUCCUAGCCACACGCGAGCGCCUGCUCCAACACCAGAGCUUCAGUGGCCCUCUGGUUCCGCACUCUAAGAAACGCAGCAGCCAGCGCGGGGAAAAACGCGGAGCAGAAGCAGCGGCGGCUGCUGCUGCGGCUGCUGCGGCUGCAGCUGUGGAGUUGGACCAAGGCCCCUCCCUUGGUGCCACUGCUGCUGUGAACAGCAAAGGCGACAGCAGCAGUGGGAACGGGAGCGGCGGUGGCGGUGGUGGCGGGUCAAGACCAGGAGGGAGGAUCACAGAGGAGGGUCAUGGGAGAUCGUGCAGUGUUGAUGCCAGUGGUAGCUCUGCUGGUGGUGCUGCUGACCAUGCUAGGAUGCAGGGUGGUGCUUCUUCCUCCUGCACUGGUUUGAGGGAAGCUUCGAGGGAUGCUUCCUCUGGAGAAGGCUGGCGGGGAGGAGGAACAGGAGGAGCAGGAGCAGGAGCAGGAGCAGGGACAGGGACAGGAACAGAGGCACUUGCAGCAGCGGGGGAGAAAUCCUCUCUCUCCUCCCCUGCCGCCACCUCCUCAAUCACUCCCCGCUCGUCCCAUCCCGACGGGUACCUCCCAUCCCCCACCACCCCAUCCUCCUUCUCUUGCCCUGCCUCCUCGCCUCGCUCCCUCCCUGCCACGUCCCCCAUGUCUUGCCGGCGCCGCCACGCGCGCUGGCCCAAACACUGGGACUCACCGGAUGUGGAGAAUAUUCAUAGAGGAGGAGCUGCUUCUCGCUCCACCUUGCUCUCAGCAGGAGGAGGGGCAGCAGGAGCAACAGCAGCUGCUGCUAGUGGUGGUGGCGCCACUGCCGCUGGCACGGCUGCAACUGGUGCUGCUGCUGGGGUGGCAGUUGGGUUGUCUCCUAGAGGGUACCCUGCUCCUUUGGGGGGUGGAGCGAGGCUGAGGGGAAGCAGUGGGGGAGUAGGAGGAAAUACCCUCAACUCUGGUCUGCAUGCGCACUCAGGACAACUGAUGCCGUCCAUGUUGUCCCCUCCUGGUGUUGCAGGGAGCGGGAUGAGAGUGACUGGAGAGAAGCUUGAUUCUCCCCAAGCCAUGUCUCCGCUGGGGUUUUCAUUCAGCAGUGUCCCGGAGCUCUGCAGGGGUGGAGUGCGGUUUAAGAUGGACUUGCAGAGAAUUGAAGUGGCAAAGCAGGCACCCUGCCCUCGUGCAGGUCUUUGCCCAGGCGAGUCAAGGCCUGCAACACAAAUAGAAGUGAGGGGCUGGGUGAGGUCAGGUGGUACCUUCCCCAUCCCCAUCGGCACGGGGCUUCCCUCUUCCUUUGGUGGGCCUGUGUAG